AUGAAUACUCAACUCUCCAAUAAUAACCAAUCCUCUUCCUCUGAACCCCACGAAAUUUCAACUCACAAACAAAAUGAUGAAGCAAACAAUAUUCCAGUUGACGUUGCUUCUGGUGAUCCUAAUUCCCAAUCAUGGGUGAAUUUACAACAACAGUUCAUGGGAAAUCCACAUUACAUGCCACCAAAUAUGACACCACAACAAUACUAUUAUAUGACUCUGUGGUUAAUGCAACAAAACGGAGGCAAGGAUGAUCCCAAUAAGAAGAAAACAGACAAUCCAUCAAUAAUAGAUCCAUCAGGUGCUGCUCCAAACGGAGAAGCUGAAAAUCCAUUAGGUAUCUACCCACCACAAGUAUAUUUCCCAUUUCCUGGCAACAAUCCACCAAAUAAUUCACAAAUUCCAUCCCUAAAUGUUGUUCAAUCACAAGAAGACACAAACAUUUCACAAGAAGCUGCAACACAAGAAAAGAAAACUAAAAGAAGAACAAAAGCCGCAUCAACAACUCCUAAAUCUUCAACUAAAAAACGAAAAAACACAAAGGAAGCAACAACUCCUGUUGAAGAAAGUUCUAACACACCAGAUACACCAAAGAAAAAAAAGAAAAAGGAAACAACUUCUUCAAAUGCAGGAUCUAGUAGUAGAGGAUCGAGAGGAGGACUUAGACAUUUUAGUUUUAAAGUUUGCGAACUUGUUCAAAGAAAGAAAACAACUACAAUUAAUGAUGUUGCUGAUGAACUGGUUCAAGCAGAACUUCAAGAUGAAGACAGUAAAUCUGAUGACAAGAACAUUAGACGACGUGUUUAUGAUGCUCUCAACGUUUUAAUGGCUUUAAAUAUUAUUUCAAAAGAUAAGAAAGAGAUUAAGUGGAAGGGUUUACCUGUAGAUUCACAAAAAGAAUGUGAAGCAUUGAAUCAAAUCAAAUUACAACGUUUAGAAAUGAUUCAAAAAAAAACUCAACAAUUACAAGAACUUGAAAAACAACAUCGAUCAUUAUCAAGUUUAUGUCAAAGAAAUUCAAGCAUGAAUUUUGCAGAAUCUAAGAGGAUUGAAUUACCUUUUAUUAUUGUUCAUACAUCAAAAUCAACACAAAUUGAAUGCGAAAUGGAUGAAAAUAGGUCUGAGGUAUUUUUCAAUUUCGACAAGCCUUUCGAAAUUCAUGAUGAUAAUGAGAUUUUAUAUAGGUUAAAUCUAGGUUCAGAUCAAAAUCAAUCUUCAAAUCAACCAAGUGAGUCGAAUAAUAUGAACAUUUCAACAUCAGGUCAAGCAGAAGAUGACUUCUUUUCAUUGGAACAACCCACAAACACUUCCUCUCCAAAAAAACCUUCUAAUAGCACUUCAAACAAUGAAAAAGAUAUGGACACUCAAUAA